UUGAUGCUUAUUGCAAGGAGGGAAUGGUUUCUAAAGCUGAAGACAUUGUUGACACGAUGAGAAAGCAAGGCAUUGAGCCUGAUGUUGUAACCUAUACUAUGUUGCUAGAAGGCCAUUGCUUGCAAAACAAAAUGGAAAAAGCUAGAAGACUGCUUCAGUUAAUGAUUAAGGAGGGUUGUGCACCUAAUAUGCAUAGUUACAGCGUCAUGAUCAAUGGAUAUUGCAAAGCUAAAAGGUUAGACGAAGCAUUGAAACUCUUUCGUGAAAUAUCUCGAGCAGGACCAACUCCAGGUACUGUUGCAUACACCACUCUAAUGCAACAUAUGUUUCAAUUAGGGAGAGUUUCUGCUGCAAUUUCACUUCUGAGGGAGAUGCUUGCUUCUGGACAAGUUCCUAGUCUCGUGACCUGUUCGAUUUCACUUCUGAGGGAUAUGCAACGUAUUGAUGUUGCAAAGGAAUUGUUUCAUGAGCUAUUCGUUGAAGGUUUAAAACCCACGAUUUACACAUAUAAUAUAAUGAUUAGUGGAUUCUGUAAAGAGGGAUUACCAGAUGAAGCAUAUCAGUUAUUUAGGAGAAUGAGAGAUAAUGAUUGUUUGCCCGAUAGCAUCUCUUAUAAUGUACUGAUCCAGGGUUUUUUUCGGAAGAGCGAUACCUCAAAGGCAAAACAACUUCUUGAGGAAAUGGUCGAUGAGGGAUUUUCUGCAGAUAUAUGCAGUGCCACCUUAUAUGUGGAUCUACUCUUACGAUCUGAUAAAUUUAUCUUGAUUUAAAAUGUUGGGGAGUUGGCGUAAAUA